AUGGAAAACGGCGCCUCCGAGGGCAAAGACCCCUCCGCAUUUCUGACUGAGAUCACUGGCGCCCCCGUCACAGUCAAAUUGAAUUCUGGAGUGGUCUACAAAGGCGAGCUGCAGUCCGUUGACGGCUAUAUGAACAUCGCCCUAGAGAAGACGGAGGAGUAUGUCGAUGGCAAGCUGAGACGGAGCUAUGGCGAUGCGUUUGUGAGGGGAAAUAAUGAAACCACCACGCCGUUCCCAGCUUCGUAUUUACUAUGA